AUGAAGAGUAAAAUGUGCAAGUUUGUAGUCAAGGACUUGGGAUUGGGUGAUGACCCAUACAACCAGAACAUCCCUGAAUCAGUGAAUGGUCUUCUGAAAGACUGGAAUAAUUUCAAACCGCAAGAAAUGGACAAGCUGAUCUUUGCCCUUUAUGAUCUAGUUCAGAGUUUUAAUGGGGAGGAAGAGCUAGCAUGGUUUGGCCUCUCAGAGAAAUGGGACGUACGAAAAGAGUUUCAGCACCUUCGCCCCAAACCAUUCAGUAGCCUCUUGCCAGAAGAGCGUCAGACAGAAAUGUCUAUGGUACGGCGCAUCAGGCCAGAUGCAGUUGCCUGUAAGAAGUGUAGGUUGUUUAAGUUUGAAAGCAAGCUGCUUGCAGCACAAUCAGGUGCCACCAACGUAAAGGUACGAGUAACUGGUAGAAAAUAUAACAAAAGAUUGGACUGAUUGUAUGUUGACACACCAACAUCAAACGUUAACUGCUGAAGUAAGGCCUUGCUGUUGUAUUGUACAUUUAGAACUUAAAAAGUCUCCAAAUAAGCUGUGGAGUUUGCAGCUUUACCCUUGUGGUGUUAAUUAAAUCAGCCGGUGAGAAGAGAGAUAGUGAUGAUUAUUCCAAUAAUUUCUGUGCUAUAAUCAUGGUGAAAAUCAUUUUAUAUAAAUUGGACCGCCUUUCAGUUUAGAUUCUUGCAUUGUGUAUAAUAAAGAUUACAUAAAAAUCUUUGCAUUCUACAUGUAAUAAGAGGUUGGGGCAAGCAAUAAUAUAUCCUUUAUACUUUGGUAGCUAUGCAAGUAGGUGAUUUUACUGUUGCAUGCUUAGUAGCGAUUAUAGGCCUUCAAGGGAAAGAUAGGUUAUAUUUUUGUAAUUAGGCGCUUUAAAACACAUCACAUAAAAAAAUAGUGAAGUGAAAAGGACAAGACAAAGACAAAAAUAACAUCUACAUGAGAUUGUGACAAAUCUUGUCUUUUUCAACAUGGCAUUCGUACAGAGAAGUACUUUUGAAUUGUUAUCUUUUUUUUAAAUAGUUUUUCUUGAUACUUCAUUCUGUACAUGUAUCUUAAACAUUGUUUUCAUUUAUCUCUGUAUGAACCAAGACCAAUCCCAAGUGGGAGCAUUCCCUUCAGAUUAUAUGAAAAGUCUAAGGCAGCACUUUAGCAGUGAAGAGAUAUCAGGGCUGACAGUGAAGGCAGAUGCUUUGAUAGCUAAUAGGCGCUUCAGAGAAGGCUUCCAAGAUGGCAGUUUCUUUGUGGAUAGUGGUGUUGCUGUUCCACAUAAAGUAAUUUGUUACAAAAGUGGGAAGACAACGUGUUCAUGUUCCUUUUUUGCCAGAGACAACCUGUGUUUUCAUCCUCUGGCAAUUGCUAAGCACAAAGACAGGCUUCCCGGCGUCCUUAAAUGUUAUCCUGGCAGAAACCUUAAUAACCUUGCAACAAAUAAUGCGCCAAAGGGGGUGGGUAGGAAAGUCCCCCCACGAAAGAGACCAACAAACACAGCUGUAUGUACACCCCACCUUUCAGAAGAUAGAAAUCAAGGGUCCGACCAUCUUUCUGUUGAACAGGUGGAUCCCACGAAGAUCAUCAUUCGCAAAAAAGAUAGGCCAGAAGAUCCCCCAAUUACCUCUACCCUUGUUGUUAAGAGGAUAGCAGGGGGCAUAAGAAAGUGUGCAGGUUGCAGUAAAGAGAUUAACAGCAUUGUAAUCGGGUUCAACCAGGAUGAAGAUUCCCAG